GUCCGGGGAUUGAUAUGUGCAGCGUGUGAUGGCUGUGUCAUAUAAGCCGCGAAUCAGACGGACGGUGGGGACGGAGUGACCAAUCUCGAGAGAUACUACUUACGCGUGAGCAAGUCAACAUGAUGGUUGAACACUGAUACUCGAGGUGAAUCUGUUGGGAAGGACGAAAAGAAUAUCAAGGAGGUCAGUCUUGAGAGUCAGCUGCUAUGUAUGGUUCGGUGAGGUGUCAAGCUACAGUACCUAGUUGAUACACUAACUAGUUGAUAUACGAUACGUGUUAACCUCCAGUUCCGAUAUUGUUCAAAGUCUACAGAUGACGCAAACCCAUAAGGCAUUGUGAUAGUUAACAAGUUCGGGUUUUACUGGACUGGGGUGCCGUGUUGUAUUGAGGUGCUGGCUGGAUGAUCGUUGCGCCAUAACUUUCAAGGCCCACAGGGAAUAAAUGGUCCAGUGUAUUGUUUCAUGAUUCUUUGUUUCGCGCAUUAUGCAGAUCCAUGAAAGUCGACAGGUCUAUGAGCCCAGAGCUUAAUAAAGGGUCUUUGUUUAAUCCACGUUGGCAAAGGAGAUCAUAAGAGGCAUCGAAAGACCUCCUUACCUAUUGAAACAUGGUCAAGCUGGACAGAGUAAAUACUACCUUACAUUUAACAGCAUGGGCUGGAGGAUAACGUCAGCAGCCUCAGCCAGCCCCCUUUCCUCUUCCAUCUACCUGCAAAUCUCUUUACGGUGCUGGAAUUUCUUUUAGGAGGUCGGCUGCGAGCUUGUUUGGGUGAUCUAAACCCCGCCUUGUACUCAUGACCGCAGUGUUCGUGCUGCGUGCUCAGAGGUAAGGCGGGGGCUGAUGUACCGAUACUCAUAGAAAGCUGCUUCACCGCUCUCGCGACCACAGAUAUACAGUGUGCAACAAGAAGAACGUCAUCGUUACAGCAUCAGUGCGGUUACACCAAAUGGGUAACAUGCCUGGCAUGUGGGUGCUCCAUAGCUAGUAUGCGCCAUGCGCCCGCACUGUCUCCCCACCCGCACCAUAAGUACUGCUACUUCGUCGUUAUCACUGGGCAGCGAGACGUGCUCUCGUGCCUGUAACAAAGAAGCAAUCGUCCACACUUUACUUUACCAACGGUUUCCCCAGCCCCGACUUCGCUGGACAAGAAUUCGCUACUUACUCUCUAUUUUUUUUAUACCCUCACUUUGUACUUGAUCUGUCUUUCUUCUGCUUCGCUAUCUUUCAACUUUUCGGCAGGCUCCUGAAUAGCAAGCAUCACCCCAUAGCUAAGAGAUAAGCGAAGUUGCACUGCUGAUCUAGCAUACUGAGCCCCGUGCCUUCUUGUACUCCGCCUCGGAACUUGAAUACCGUGUGUCCCAACAACUCAACUUUCAACAAACUUCGAUCUUAUCUGCGCGAAGAGGAGAAAAAAAAUGGACGGAGAAGCAAACCAAAGUUGGCAAGGAAAUAGGAUGUCUCCAAAUGGAGCGAGAUCGAGUCCUGGGCUUCCCUCACAGAGACGUCACGAUGAAUCUUGGGUAGAAGUAGCAUCACAGCCCUCGUCUUCCUCCCUGUCCAGUAUCGGCGAUGAGAUUGUUACUACCGGCCUGCGCGUCGGAAAUCCAUAUGUGCGCCGACGACGAUUACAGCAAUCAGCACGAUCACUCCCUCAACAGCAGACUGCUAUUCAUAAUGUGAACGCGGCCGAUUUGAGUAGCCAGGAGGAAUACGACGAGAGCGAUAGCGAGGACGAUCGCCUGCUUACCAGCUCGACCGAGAACGCUCAGCGGUCCGAGGAGGAGGCGGAUAUGGAUUCAGAGGCCGAGUCGGAUGGUGAUAACGUCACCGCGCUCGGACGUGUGUCUGAUCAACCUACCGAGCCUGUCUUUCGACCUCAGCCAAACGCCUUCACUCAUCCAUCCACGCAACGAAGAGACUCGGCUCCAGCCAUCCCAAGUGCUCCUCCUCCUCCUCAUCCUCAUAAUGGUCUUACACGGCCAUCCUUCACCCAACGAUCGCAGACGCGGCCCCACCGUGCGGGUCCAAGCUUUAUGUCCCCAGCUGUCCGUGAAGAGAACGAUGCGGCCCUUCGUGCAUCCCUCACUACUCUUCUUUCCUGCGCGCAUGCUGCUAGAGGUCUGCCCAAGUCAAAGGAGGAAGCAGAGGCCCAGAGGACCGCCAACGCAGGUGUAGGUCCCAGCAGUCAACCCAUGGAACUCCGAUUCGUACCGGAGUCGGAGCUGUCAACGGAGCCGAGACGAGCCCAACGACCUGCGGGCCCAUCUCCACCCCGUAAACGGGGCUCUCCCGCAAGAUCCCCUUCACGAACCUCUGAAAGAGGCAAGCACGGCUCCGGAUCGCCAACGGCUCCACGGGCUACCAAGAAAAAGAAGGUAGCCCAGAUGGAAGAGCCAACCAGCAUCUCACCAACCCUUCUCACAUGGGUUGUCAGCGCCGGAGUUGUCGUGCUUGUAUCUGUGGUGGGGUUUGGUGCUGGUUAUGUUAUCGGUCGUGAGGUUGGCAAGCAAGAGGCGCUGGCUGCCAGCGUUGGAAGCGUCAACGAAACAGCAUCCUGCGGCCAGGAGGUAAUUCGGUCUUCGGGCAGUGGACUUCGUAAACUUCGAUGGGGUGCUGUCGGAAAGAGCAUCGUUGCUUAGAAGAUAUGAUUCUCUAAAUGUCUUCUGUCGUUUCGAUGAUAAGCGCAGACGAUAUCUCACGAGGGUUGAGAGAUUUGUUGGGAGUUGGAGUUUGUAAGACGACUUUGGCGGUUAUGGUUGCGACAUAAGUAACGCAGCGGACCUAACAAGAUAACGUUCGCGUUUAUCUUACCUGACGGCUCACUAUGUAUAGGCGGAUUUCGAGCAUUGAUGCAAUUUGCGUGCAUUUAUGGGGAUACAUGAAGAAUUUGGCAUGCCUUUUACUCACUCACAUAUUUCAUUGCCUGGCGAGUAUGUGUUUACUCUUGGUAGAUACUCUGAUUACAGGCGUCGGUAAUAUUCCCCUCAUGAUUUUCACGAUUCAUAGUUUAGGGCACAGGAAUAAAAAAAAAUAGUUAUACAUGCUUUUU